AUGUCAAAACGCACAACCUUCACCACAAUCUCCCCUCUACCCCCAGGCAUCACCCGCGAUGCCGUCCUCGACUUCCUCCACAACCACCUCGAGAUGAUCGACCUCAACCCCCUCAUCAAAGAACGCCACCUCAUCCCGCCACCACCCAACGCGCCCCCCGAAGAGCACGCCUGCGCGUGGUACUCCCUCACCGACGAGAUCUCCUACCUGCCCGGCGGCCUGGCCACGGGUAACGUCAGCUACACAUGCUGCUUCCACGACCUGCCCACCGGCCUGCAGACCCACUGCUACGCGCCCAUGGGCCUCGAGAUCCGCGACAAGUGGACCGUCGCCGGCUCCCUGCCGGGGGAACCCGUCGAGCCCGUCGAGCUCGGCAUCGGCGCCCCGCUCACGGGGCUCUACAUCCGCGAGGACGUCGAUAUGCGCUGCAACGUCUUCACCUCGAGCUUUGUCAAGAAGACGCUCAAGAAGAGCCAUGGUUUGCUGGUCGACCGCUUAAAGACAAAGGUUCACCGCACCGUCGUCGCUGCCGCGCAUCAACGGCACGGCAGUCAGAACUCACUACCGGGGUCGGUCAGGUCCGGCUCCAGCGGGCACAGCGCCACGCAGCUGCAGCAUCAACAAACAUACCCGAACCCGGCUUACACGAACAACAACGUCUUCGGCAACCAAAUCAGUCUCCCAUAUAGACCUUCAUAUCCCAACAACAGCAUACCCGUGACCGCACCAACACCGGCACCGACGCCCCCAGCCAGCGACGGCUCCCAAACCUCACAAAACGCAUACCCGGAACCCCUCCGUGUCCGCCGCACCACUAACCAAACUGACUCGACGUUUUCUCAUCAACACCAACAUCAACAUCAGCAGAAGCCGUCGUGGCCGGAUAUCAAAUCGCAACCGUCCGCCGCCAACGGGUACGCGCACGUCAACUUCUUGUCCGGCCAUAACAACGCAUACGACGCGAAACCUUUGCCUCCGUCGCCGUACGCGGGAGGGAGAGUGGGAGGAGGAGGAGGUGGUGGUGGUGGAGGUGAUGUUGGUCAGCAGCAGCAGCACCAGCGAAAUGGGUGUCAGCAGAACAGUGGCGCAACGCUGCAAGGGCCCUUUGUCGCUGAGCUGGAGUGA